CGUAUGUACGUAUCUUAGGGAUUACUAAAAAUGACGGGCUAUAAACUUCCAAAAUCCUGCUCGAUGUAACUAACCAAGCAACUGCGGCCACUCUCCAUGUACCAACAUGCAUUGGAGUGGGAUGAUAUAUCUUAUCGAUAUACUGUGGGCGCUUAUCCAGGAUUUGGCCCAUUUCAAACGGCCAGUGGCCUACCCGCAGCUCGCAUUCCCCCCCACAUCGUCUACUUCCGCUCACUUCCGCCUCGCGCUACUUAUCCCAUCGUCUGCCUAGCCGCACUGCAUUCACAUUGUCACGAGAAUUAAGCACGUUUGUUUUCAGCCUUCGACGUCGAUACUUAGUCACGAACCUUCGAAAAAGCCACGAGGCAAACAUGGCGGGAAAGGGUAUUGCUCGAGGCGGUAAGGGAGGGAAAGGACUUGGCGGGAAAGGCGGAAUUAAGCGUCACCGUAAGAUUCUUCGCGACAAUAUUCAAGGAAUCACCAAGCCUGCUAUCAGACGACUGGCUCGUCGCGGGGGUGUCAAGCGUAUCUCUGCCCAGAUUUAUGAUGAGGUUCGCGUUGCCCUAAGAGCACGCCUUGAAAAUAUUAUAAGAGACUGCGUCACUUACACGGAAUACCGUCAACGAAAGACUGUCACGAUUAACGAUGUACUGCAUUCCCUGAGACGCAUUGGUCGACCAAUUUACGGGUUCGACGAUGUGACUACAGGUCGUACCCAACCUAACAAGAAGAAGUAGCUCACUCGUAUGCUUGUUUGACCCAAAGAUGUAAGAUCAGGCGUUGAUGAUGACGGAGUGGCUUGAUAAAUAUGGGUGGUUAAGUUGCAAUGUUGAAACACGGUUUUUACCACGAUCUAGUAAUGAUACCCUAUAGCUUGAGACUAUUUAGCUUUUAUUGAACGU